CCGCGCGGCCCGGCGGCGCCGCAGGUCUGGAGUUAUCUCACUGUGUCGGUGCUGGCUCACUGGGCCCUCCUGUGCCUUGGAGGUCUGGGGGGCCCUGUAAGAUGAAGAGGGUCCGCACAGUCUUCAAACCAGAACAGCUGGAACGGCUGGAGCAAGAGUUCCUCAAGCAGCAGUACAUGGUGGGCACAGAGCGAGUAGACCUGGCUGCAACUCUGCAUCUCACAGAGACUCAGGUGAAAGUUUGGUUUCAGAACCGGAGAAUCAAGUGGAGGAAGCAGAGCAUGGAGCAGAAGAAGGCAAAGCUGACUCAGUUUGGAGUGAUCCAGCCUGCCACUGCAGACUCAACAGACAUCAAGGACCAUGAGGAGGACACUGUGGAUGUUGAGCUUUGAACAGUUGAUGAGAUUCAGCUGCUGCUGGUUUUUUUCAAGCAAAAACUACAAUCGGUUUACAGCUGGGUCUGCUCAGUGGUGAUACUGGAGAUGCAGACGUAUCUGUCAUUUUUUGGUCCAAGCUAGACAUUAAGCUCUUCUCUGAGAGUUGGAGCUAUAGGACUAAACUGCUGCUGUUUGGGAGGAAAUCUCCAAACACAGAGGCCCCUGUUCUGUAGCUGUGUGCUGCAAUCACUGGGGUUAAUCACCAGGCCAGUUCUGCCUGAUGGUGCCCUGGUUGUGGCAAAGCAGCUGAUCUCACUCAUUCACUAUUGAUGUGCCAGGAAGCACAAACCAUUUCAGUAGAGAGGCUGGGGUGACAAAGGGCAUUUGAACACAGGGUCGCUUGGAUCACAUGUGACUAUGUGCUCAUCUGCCCAGUUGUUUUCUCCAGGUCAAAUUGAUUGUCAUGUUCAAUGCUUACAUGACAACAGAUCAGAAAGUCCCUUGUUCCUAUCCACAAACUUUAUCAUUACAUUUGCAGUGAGAUGAACCAAGUCUGAGCAAACACCAGGAGAAGUGAGCUGCAGGGCAUGCUACUGCCAGGGCAAUGGGGCUUUAUCCCAGGUUGUGGUCCUGCUUCUCCUGUGCCCUUGACCUGAUCUUAGCCCUAUGCAGUUGCUGUGCUGGGUUCCCACAUGGCUGCAGAAUCAGGCCCUAGGUGGGAAUAAGGCAGCCCAAGGAGUGAAGUCUCCCUGAGAACUGCUGGUACUUGCAGUCUGGAACAUAAGUGCCUUCUUCUGUCCUGUGCACCAUAUGGUGUAUUUUUGCCUUUGUUUUGGCUUCCAAAACCCAGAUGAUGGAACCCAGUGUGUCCCCCUGUCUUCUGGCAUUGUCUUACUUUGCCAAGGUUGUAUGCUGCUACAGCAGGGAUUGAGGCACUCUGGCUCAUUGAGGUGUGGGGACCAGGGCUUUUAUAAAAAGGCAGCUUUCCAACACCUCUGAUGCUUCAGACAACUCCCUACUUUUAAUUCAGAUGUGAUUCUGGCCCAGACUGCAGAUGCUAUGUUUUCUCCUCAUUAUACAUUAAGGUGCCAUAGGAAACAGCAUCUGGAGUUUUUGGCUAGCACAUCUGUAACUGCAUAAUGCAGUUAGUAAUUGUGAUUUUAAAGGGUAGAAGGACUUUUGAGGGGUCAGGAUUCAGUAUCAGACUCUCCUCGCCUGUGUUUUAGUAAUUCUUACGGGCUAGUGUCCACACUGGCAGCAGCUAAGUGCUCUUAGGUCAGGCUGUCAGCAUUAGGGCUGUCACCUUGCCUUCCUAGGUUUGCCCAGGGUACCAUCAUGAUAUCACAUGAGCUCAGGAUAAUUUAUUGCGUCUCUUUUCUGACUUGGAACACUGUAUAUCACUUUACUCUUAUAUUUUUAUUUAUAGAAGUAACUUCUUUUUCUUGAGAGAU